CACAUCGGGACAUACACGGAUUGGGGAGUGACCAAAGCCAGUAACAGCUUCUUCCAGCGGGCCGGAAACGCAACACAGAAUUUCUUCUUUGUGGGAUGUGACAUGUGCCGCCACCAACACCAGGCAGCACCGUUGUUUUCAUGAUCGCCACAGAGCCUUGUACGCCUGACUGUGACUCUCUAACACCCCCCAACAUGUCGGAGUCGCUGCGGGUGUUCGUCACUGAGCGGCUCGCGGCGGCUGCCGAUGAGAUUUUGGGUUUGAUGGAGAAAACGAUCACCGAGUACCGGGACGAGGUUUUUCGGUCAAAGAGAGAGAUCCUGCAGCUGCGCAGAGAGCUGCGCGAGAGGAGAUCGGAGAUCACCGCUGCUGCAGAUGGCCCUGAAGUGUCAGAAGAGAUGUUUCCCCCUCAGCAGGCGUGGAAUCCCAACAUGGAGCCGCAGCAGAGCCAAGAUCUAUUAUUCCAGCAGAUCAAAGAAGAAGAAAUGGAGCUCACAGCGACGCUGGAGGCCGCUCCCUCCCACAGUGUGCAACUACUUUAUAGUAAUACAGAAGGACCUGCUAACUGCCAGGACUCUUCAUCGCAAUACUCUGUUGCUGCACAGGUAAAUAAAGAAGAAGAACAACAAGAGUGGAAGCUAGACCCAGCUGCCAACUGUCAGGACUCUUCAUCAAACUGUUCUGCUGCACAUGUAAAUAAAGAAGAAGAAGAAGAAGAAGUUGAGUGGAUGCUAGACAUGACUCCAGCUCACAACAGUCGUGAAGCCUCCUAUCAGGCUGCCGCUGUUUCUCUAGAGUACCUCAGCUCACAGGAAGUGCCCAGUGAUAGUGUCUGCAACUUCUGUGGAGACAUAUUUGAGACCAAAGAAAGUUUAUCAGAUCACUUACAAUGUCACACUGAAGUCAAGUUCUGUCACAUUUGCUGUGCCUGCUUCCUAAAGGAUGUUGACCUCAUAAGACACGUGGGUGAGAGCCACCCUGGCGAGAAGCCUUUUAGGUGCAACGAAUGCGGAAAGGCAUUCCUGCGGAAAGACUACCUUGUAGUGCACCUGCGGACCCACACUGGAGAGAAACCUUACAAGUGUCCGUUCUGUGACAAGUCUUUCGCCCAGAGAACCUACCUGUGCGUUCAUAAGAGGAUCCACACUGGGGAAAAACCGUAUGGCUGCAGGGUCUGCGGAAAACGUUUCAGCAGCAGCACGGCAGCAAGUCAUUGUGUGAAAUAUCAUAGAGCUAACCCAGUAAACAGCUAGAGUUACUAGAAGUCUACCGUGCAGACACAUACUGGAAAAUGAGGAAAUUGUUUGGCAAAUGGAAAUCUGAUGUGAGUUCAAUAAAAAACAAGUUGCCUUUUUUUUGUAUGUAAAUUAAAAGUCAUAUAGUAGAAGUGUGCCAGCUGACUCUAAGGUCUCUUUUGCAUUUAAGUUUUUUGUACCGGGUUGGCCAGCGGUUGCCUCUUUAAGGAGCUGAGUUAAUGGCUUCAGUAUAUUCGCUAAAAAUCAGGGUUAGGGUUACAUGGCCCGUGUUAUCGCUACUGCUAUGGUUGAAGCAAUAUUUUACUAUAUUUUGUUGCAUUUUUUACAUUUAUUUUUCACUAACAUUGUAAUAAAACAUUUUCACUUCCCUUGUAUGUAAAUAAUAUUUGUGAAUUUGGUGAAAACAUGGGAACAGCAGCAGCUUGGGGAUGUUCCAUGCCAGUAAUUGCUGUCAGCCGGCAGCCAUCAUAAUGCUAAUCCAAAAAUCCACAAUGGCCCAAUAUCUAGAUUUCUUGUAAAUACUGUAUAUUGAGCUUUACAGAUUUCCCUGCCCCUCUCUCCCCUGUUUGAUCCAGUUUGAUUUCUCUGAUUUUCCCACUUGAUGAAGUUUCAAAAUCUACCCUUGCAUUAUAUUUAUUAAAAAUGGCUUUGGA